AUGCAGAGUGACGGUCUGAAUAGAGAUGAUUGCAUAGACGGCCGCUGGUAUAAAACAUAUAGCUGGUUGCCAAACGACGUAUUUACAGGCGGACAAGAAGCAGACGGCAAAACACUUUACGUAGUCUGCGCCUACAUUGGUGGCGUCUUUACACCUGGAAAAUUCGGGAUGCAUUUUAAUAGUGGAGCCUGUAUUCCGUACGAUGGUGAAGAAAGGAUUUGCCCAAGUUUUUACCAUCUGUGCAAUAAGAAUUCUAAUAAAUGGAUGUAUAGCUGGGAGCGCGCCUCCAACGGAAACGUCCCUCAUAACGCUCUAAGGGUGGAUGAGGGGCUGUACGUGGGUCGAGUCCACUACGCGGGGAGUCUUAUUCCAUGUAAAGUUCACACAACGGAUGGAUGUGCUUAUUUUGGUUAUGCUGGGAAAGAACACAAAGCCAAGAGGUAUGAGGUGCUCCUCUCCACAUUGAAGUCUGGUCAGGCAGAGGAGGGGGAAGGGCAGAAAGAGGCCAAGGAAUAG